AAACAUUAGUAUUUCCAUUAGUCACAAUCAAGAGAAGAUCUGUACCCUGCCUCCGUGUUGCCCUAUCUCGUUCAGUCUCAGAGCAUCGCACAACCCUCAACGACGUCGUUUAACAUCUAUAUCACUCCAUUCAGGUUCAUGCACGACCAAAGCAACCACCUUUUUCACUUUUAGGUUUCUUUUACUCAUGCAAUAUGAUAAAAUCAUCAUAGGGUUUAGCUUCUGGAACUACUUUUAGAUUUGCUAUGGUGUGUCAGUUUUUACUUGCACAGGAAUAUGGAGGUAAAUUCUGCAUCACCAUGUCCUGAGGAUCAAGAUGAAUAUGUUUUACUCGACUUGGAUGGUGUUUCUGACCUAAUUCACUUUCCGCCAAAUGCAAAGUAUGUUCUUACCGGCCUUGAUACAUUAAACCCAGUAUUGAUCAUUGAUGACAAAUUCAAGCUGAUUGGGGAGUAUGAGGAGACAAUUGGCACCUGUCUUGCUUUUACAGAACAAGAUGCCCCUGUGGUUCAUGAAGAAACAGGACCAUCUGAAGUGAACCUUUUCUCCGGAGCAAGACUAAUUGAUUCAAGUCAACCUCCAACAAAGCAAGUGAAACCUGUGUGUCAGCUUCACAGGGUUCUCAAGUUUAAGUUAUCCCCUGAUUCUGAAAUUCAGAGUGUCACAGCUGAGGAGACCAAAUGAAUUUAAAACCCGAGAUCCACUUUCCCAUUUUUUUCUAUAUCAACAAAGAAAAUUAACCUGGGAAUUGAUGCCAAUUGUGUGUACCUUGGUGAACAAGACUUGCUGGUGAUUUGUGUAGCAGCACGGUGGCAUCUGCAUGGAGAACUUAUUCCCCUGGAAUUUUUUAUAUGUACAGAGAACUUUUUCCAAUGUAGGGAAUAUUCUUCUUUGGUAUAUGUUUAAGAAUCAUGGCUUAUUGUUAUCAAUAUAUAAAUUAAUAUAAA